AUGGUGAAACCGACAGAUGCACAAAAUGGUAUUUCAGAGUAUAUGGAUGCUGACAGAUGUGCACAAAUUAAUUAUACCAUUGUUGAGGAAAUGAGAAAAGGGUCAAUUGUUAGUAACUUAGCAAAGGAUUUGGGACUUAAUAUCCAGAAACUUUCUGAUAGACAAUUUCGUCUUGUUUCUCAUGUUUCAGAGAAAUAUUUUUCUGUGCAAGUAGACAAUGGAAAUCUGUAUAUAAAAGACAGAAUAGACAGAGAGACACUAUGUGCUGCAACUGAUCCCUGCUUUCUAACCUUUGAUGUGCUGGUAGAAAAACCUUUAAAUGUUUUCAAUGUCAAGGUUGAAAUACAGGAUAUAAAUGAUAAUGUUCCAAAAUUUUAUCUUGAAUUCAUCAAGUUAGAUAUUCUUGAGUGGACAUCACCAGGUGCACGUUUUGUUUUACAAUAUGCAAGAGACCCUGAUUUAGGUAAUAAUUCUAUCAUAUCAUAUGUACUUAGUGACAACCAAUAUUUUACAUUGGGUGAAAAAAUUAAUUCUGAUGGUAUGAAAUAUCCUGAAGUGAUCUUAGAAAAAUCUCUAGAUCGGGAAACCCAGAGUUAUUAUGAACUGAUCUUAGCAGCAUCAGAUGGCGGUAGUCCAAUGCUCACUGGUACUACGCAAGUGAAAAUUUCUGUCACUGAUGUCAAUGAUAAUUUUCCUAUAUUUACUCAAGAGGUAUAUAAAGUUACACUAAAUGAAAAUAUGCCACUCAACACAAUAGUUGUUAUAGUGAAAGCAAAUGAUAAUGAUGAAGGUUCAAAUGCUGAAAUCACAUAUUCUUUCAGUAACAUUCCUGAAGAUGCAUUGAAGGUUUUCGGAAUUGACUCAAAAAGUGGAGAAAUAAAAACUAAAGGAAUUGUGGAUUUUGAAAUAACAAAAACUUAUGAAAUGUCUGUUCAAGCACAGGAUGGAGGAGGCCUAGUGUCACAUGCCAAUGUGGUGGUCCAAAUAGUAGACAUUAAUGACAAUGCACCUGAAAUAACCCUCAAUUCUCUCUCUUCUCCAAUCUCUGAAAAUUCAUUACCAGGUACAGUGGUUGCUCUGAUUAAUAUCCAUGAUAAGGACUCAAAAGAAAAUAGUGAUGUUGUCUGUGAGAUUAAAGGUGCAUUACCAUUUAAACUAUUAUCAUCCUCUGGACAUUUUUUUAAAAUUGUAACAACAACAACUUUGGACAGGGAAGAAAUAUCAUACUACAAUAUUGUAAUAGUAGCCACCGAUAAAGGCUCUCCACAACUGUCCACAAUAAAAAACAUAAAUUUGACAAUAUCAGAUGUAAAUGAUAACCCACCAGUUUUUCAAAAAAGUAAUUAUGUUGCUUACAUUACUGAAAACAACUUGCCCGGAGGCUCCAUUUAUAGUGUGCAAGCUACAGACCCUGAUACAGAAGAACAUGGUAAAAUCACAUAUUCCAUUGUUAGCUCACAGGUGGAGAAAUUCCCUAUAUUUUCAUUCUUGUCCAUUAACCCAGUCACUGGAGUUCUCUAUGCACAACGAUCAUUUGACUAUGAAGACCAGAAAGAAUUUCAAAUCCAGAUAAUUGCAAAAGACAAUGGGUUACCAUCCCUGAGCACUAAUACAACCCUGAAAAUUCUUGUGGUAGAUAGGAAUGACAAUGCACCAAAAAUUCUCUAUCCUUCUCCAGAAAGUGAUGGCAUGUUUGAAAUUGUUCCUCUUGCCUCUGAACAAGGUUAUUUAGUAACAAAAGUGGUGGCAGUUGAUGCUGACUCUGGGCACAAUGGUUGGCUUUCUUACAAUUUUAUGCAAACAUCAGAACCCUCCUAUUUUACUAUAGGUCACAAUACUGGAGAAAUUAGAACAUCACAUAUCUUUCAAGAAAAGGAUAACUUUAGACACAGACUGGCAGUAUUAGUGAAGGACAAUGGUGAUCCCUCACUCUCAGCUACUGUUACAUUAAAUCUUGUUGCUGCUGAGGAUUUCCAACAUGUUGCUCCAGAACUCAAUAGUAAAUCAAUAAAUGUACAGUCACAAUCAAAUGUCCAGUUUUAUUUAGUUAUAGCCUUAGCACUGAUUUGUUUCUUUUUCAUGUUGACUGUAAUUUUAGCUGUUCUAUCUAAAUGCAGGAAAGAUGAACCUUCAACAAGCUUCACCUCAAUAAAUCAAAAUAUUUAUUCUCAGAUGGACCCUCAGUUAUUUUCUAGAUAUAGUACUGCAAGUUUGCCUUUUCCACUUUCAUAUGAUGUUUGUGUUGCUCUGGACUCAAACGAAAGUGACUUUAGUUUUCUGAAACCAAAUCCAAAUGUUGCUAUAGACAGUCUUCUUGAUGCUGAUAAUUCAGGAAUAGCAAAACAAAACAUUGAAGAACCUUCAAUAACCAACAGCCUACAGCAGUGUUGGACCAACAAAUAUAGACUAGGUGUAUUGGUUGAAGGAGAAUGUCUUAAAUACAUUUAUAACAGUAUUUAUAGAGAGGCCAAAGGACAAAGUUCUAGUAAACAUGGUGUGCAGUACUAUAUAGAGCACACCUUUAAAUAUAACAAAAGUAACACAUAA